CUUAUAUUUGCCUCCUGCAUGUUACACUUUGUCAAAGAAAGAGAAAGAAAUUGUUUGCAAAUCAUUAUCGAAUAUGAAAGUCCCUGAUGGAUACUCUUCUAACAUUAAAAACUUGGUAAAUACGGAUGAAUUGAAGCUAAUGGGUAUGAAAUCACACGAUUGUCAUGCUUUAAUGCAACAUUUGCUUCCAAUCGCCAUCAGAUCGGUCUUACCCAAAAAGGUUAGAGAGUGUUUGACUCAUGUUUGUAUUUUCUUCAAUCAACUAUGUGGGAAGGAAUUAGAAAUGAGCAAGUUGGAUGCAUUACAUGAGGAUAUUGUCAAGACUUUAUGCAACCUUGAAAGGUAUUUUCCACCAUCAUUCUUUGACAUCAUGGUACAUUUGAUGGUUCAUUUAGUGAGAGAAGCAAAGUUGUGUGGGCCAGUUUGGGCAAGAUGGAUGUAUCCAUUUGAAAGGAAUAUGAAAGUGCUCAAAAGCUAUGUGCGUAACCAUUAUCGACCGGAAGCUAGUAUGGUUGAGUGUUAUAUAUCAGAAGAAGCUGUUGAAUUUUGUUCAGAGUACAUAGCUGGAGUUGACACAAUCGGAAUCACCAAACCAAGAAAUAGUUCUGAUGAGUUUGAUAAAGGAUUGCGAGGGAAAGGAGAAAUGGUUACUGUAUCUAAGGCAGAGUUAGAUCAAGCUCAAUUAGUUUUAAUGCACAAUAAUGCAGAGGUUCAACCAUAUAUAACUGAGCAUAUGGAGUUAUUACAGUCAAUGAUUCCGAGAGGUCACAAAAACAAACAGAAGUGGGUUAUAGAUGAGCAUCGUAAAACAUUUAUUAGGUGGUUAAAGAAUACCAUUCUAGCGAAGUUACGACAACCAAAUCAUGGAGUAUCAGAUGUGUUGAAUCGCAUAGCUCUUGGACCAACUUUUGACGUAUGGAAGCAUCAAGCUUACAUUGUCAAUGGUAAACGGUUUCAUACAAAAUCUAGAGAUGAUGCUCGAAUGGUUCAGAAUAGUGGUGUAUGCAUAGUUGCGGAGUCCUUACAUUUUGCUACUUCAAAGGAUAAUAAUCCAGUUUCAGGUACCAUGACAUAUUAUGGAGUGGUGAAUGAAAUAUGGGAGCUGGAUUAUAUAUUGUUCCGAAUUGCCCUCUUUAAAUGUGAAUGGGUAGAUGUUAAUGUUGGAAUCAGGACCGACGAGCUUGGAUUUACUUUGGUUGAUUUGAAUAAGAAAGGAAGCAAGGAUGAUCCUUUCAUCAUGGCGACCCAAGCAGUACAGGUAUUUUAUAUACCAGAUCCUGCUAAUAGUAAAUGGUCUGUUGUGUUGUCGACACCAGAAAGAAAGUUCGCAGAGAAUGAAGAUGAUGAUGAAAAUGAUGAUUUAAUGCACGAAUGCUUCAUUGUUGGACAACGAGUCCAUGAACAAGUCGAUGAUGUUGAACAUGAUGAUGUCUUGGACGAUAUUGAAUUCAUACGAAAUGAUAUUGAGGAAGGAAUUUGGGUUGACUGUGAUUCGAUCCAAAAGAAACGAAAAAAGAAAAGAAAAUGUGUUUAGUAGGUAAUUAUUUCUUAAUAUUUUAUGCGAUUGACAUAUGUAACUACCAUUGUAUGUUGGAUUGUUUCUUAAUAUUUUAUGUGAUU